GCUCUGAGUGAACGUUGGUAUCGCUUCACAUCACCGGGAAUCCCGCUUUACAUUCACAGCACGGACUUUAUAUAUCGCGUUUGUCUCUUUAUAUCAACUUUACUUCAAAUUCCGCGAUUGUUGAAGGAUUUGGGUCGGACGUUUGUAACCAGGUAUGGUCGAUUUUAAUUUUCAACGGACGUGACUGACUGACUGACUGACAGGGAUCUCCGGUGAGUGACAGGUGUCAUAAAGAUCCGACUCAGGUAGAGGACUUGAACGAGAGUUUCUGGAGAGGCUGCUUGGACAUGCCCAGACACAAUAAUAUGGAUCCUAUGAGGAGCCAGUGCGAGUCAAUCCAAAGGUCCCCUUGGAUCAUGCGAGUGGCUGUAGGGAAAAGCCCCGCCUCUUCAGGGGCGGAGUCAGACACUGAAGGGAGCAGCACAGAGAGUGAAUGGCCUUGCAUCAAACAAGCAGAUGGCGACUCGGCGCAUUUCCUGUCGUCUCCCUCAAUGCUGCAGCGACGCAUCACAGAGCUCGACCAGCAGCGAGAGGAGCUGAAGAUUGAGCUGCAGCUGGAGGUCGCACUGCUGCGAGGUGAGCUGCAGACAGAGCAGGAACGACUGCGCAGACAUACAGAGCAGCUGCAGAUGUUGCAGGAGAAAGACAGACACAGAAAGUGCCAGCGAUUGGCCAGCAGACAGCAGGAGCGUGUUCGGCUGGAGGAGGAACGUCUGAAGGUGGAGCAGAUGAAGAGGAAGUGUGAUGAGAUGGAGAAACUGAUUCCCACUCAAUCAAAAGACCAGCAAGAACAAAUGAUGUUGCAUCUACAACAGGACAAGGAUGCAUUGGACGCCGCGCUGCGAGCGUUUGAAGACAUGGAGUUUCACGUUCUGGAGCUGGAGAGCGGCGUGGAAGAUGAGAGAGAGGAAGAGGACAACAGAGAAAGUGAGACGGUGAUCGAGAGAGAGAUAUCCAGGGUAGAACACACGCUCAAAGCAUCUCAGGAACGUGUUCAACAACUGGAGAAGCAGCUGAAGGAAAUGGAGAAAGAGAGAGAUAAAGAGCUGAAUUCCCUCAGACAGGAGAGGAAAGAGCUGCUACACAAAUCACAGAGGAUUUUGAAAGAGAAGAAGCCGCUCUCCGAUUGGUCCAACAUCACUGGCUCCACCCCCUGCGUGAUGUCACUCUCCCCUCUGACCAUUCACAGAGCAGCACAGGAAUCACUGAAGGAGUCGUCUAGUUUACCGCACAGACGCAGCUCACACAGAAAAGUCCCAGACAGACCUCUCUCUGCACAAGUGUUAGUGAGGAUGACUCUGGACAGACCAACGUCAGAGGCUCUCUCUCCUCGUCUUCCUAAUGCCAUUCACAGACUGAGUAACGGGCACAGUAAUGGGCAGAGAUCGGGGCACAGUGAUGUGAACGGCUCUCACACGCCCUGUAACAGCGCCAACACCUCCCGCGCGCCCAGUCCUCAGAGUCUGUUGGAUUUGGUGGAAAUGGAACGGAAGCUCAGAGAGGCCAAAGCCGAGAGAGAACGCUUACUGAAAGAGAGAGAGGAGAGACGGCGAUUGCAGGCAGAACAACAGAGACGGAUCGAGCUGAAUUCAUUACAAAUACACACAGACGAAUCAAAACUGGAAUCACAUGCUGAAGAUCAGCUGCAGCAGAAUCCAGUGCACAGCCUGACAGAGCUGGGUGUCCCACUCUCCCUGACGGUGAACUUUGACCUGCGUGCACACGUGGAGGCUCUGGGUCACAAUGUGACCAGCUGUAUGGGAGUGAAUUUAUCUCCGCGGAAGUGUGGCGGCUUUCUGACCAAACGUGGAGGCCGUGUAAAGACAUGGAGGAGGAGGUGGUUUAUCUUCGAUCUAGACCACCAAAGACUGGCAUACUACACCAAACUCGAUGAGAAGAAGCUCAAAGGGGUGAUUUACUUUCAGGCCAUCGAGGAAGUUUACUAUGAUCACCUACGAACAGCUUCAACAUCUCCACGGCCGAGUCUCACCUUCUGUGUGAAAACGUACGAGCGACUCUUUUUCCUCGUAGCUCACAGCGCAGAAGCCAUGAGAAUCUGGAUGGACGUUAUUGUCACAGCGACUGAUGAACAUUGCAGAUACUGAUGAAGACUUCAGUGAAAGAGACUCGAUGAUGUAAUGCAACAGCAGUAACUGCCUGAGAGUUGUACUGUAGUCUGUGUUUAUCUCAUAGAAUUUGCACUCAGGGCUUUAAUGGACACCACAGCACAAGGUGAACAUGACUGUCAGUGGAGCUGUGUAUGUUGCAAGUUUGAAUGUUCUUGAUAUUAGCAGCACUUAAUGGGCACAUUCAAUGUGUGUGUGUGUGUGUGUGAUGUGUGUGUGUGUGUGUGUGUGUGUGUGUGUGUGUGUGUGUGUGUGUGUGUGUGUGUGUUCUGCUGCCACCUGCUGUUGCACAAACAGAUCACAUCACUCGCCUCACUGAUGGAGGACAACGGUGUGAUAUUUCUUACACAUUAUUUAUUAUUGUUACUAUUUUUUAUUUUUUAUUAUUAUUGUUAUAUUUUGCAAUUGUGAUUUAGAUAUUUGGGGUGAAAAGUCUUGCAAAAUGUAAUUAAAAAUGAACAUUCCAAACAAUGUGUCACAACUUUUACAUGCAAUAACGGCCGAAUUUAAUGUCAUGAACUGCAAAACCUUCAUUUAAUUGUUAUUAUUAGUUUUGUUGUUUUUGUGCAAAAGUAGUACAUUUACUGAAACUGAAGUCUAAAGACAACACUUUACAACAAAUAUAUUAAUAUGCAUUAAUAAAACUAAA